ACACAAAAACCAAUCCACACCCUAUAAAAAAACACUCUUUGUGUGUCUGCAUUUUGAUUGAUUCCCUCAUUCUUCAUCCAUAGACAUGGCCACCGUCACUUCUGCAGCCGUUGCUAUUCCCUCAUUCACUGGCCUCAAGGCAAGCGCAGGCAAAGUGAGUGCCGCAGUUAAAGUCUCAGCUCCCCAAGCCACAAGGUUGGGCAUCAAGGCUUCGCUGAAAGACGUUGGAGUCGCUGUUGUGGCCACUGCCGCGAGUGCAGUGCUGGCUAGCAACGCCAUGGCCAUUGAAGUGUUGCUGGGUGGUGAUGACGGGUCUCUGGCUUUCGUUCCCAACAAUUUCUCCGUGGCCUCUGGGGAGAAGAUCGUGUUCAAGAACAACGCAGGUUUCCCCCACAACGUUGUGUUCGACGAGGACGAGAUUCCUAGCGGCGUGGAUGCAGGGAAAAUCUCCAUGAGCGAUGAAGACCUUCUCAAUGCGCCUGGUGAGACUUACAGCGUUACUUUGGAUGCUAAGGGAACCUACAGUUUCUUCUGUUCGCCUCACCAAGGAGCUGGUAUGGUGGGAAAAGUCACUGUUAAUUAAUUAUUGUCUCAAGGGCUCGUCUCCUACGUCUAAGUUCUCAUAUGGUUCCUUCUUCUAAUAUUUUUGUUUUUUCUAGAAGAGCUUGGUUGAUCUUUCUUGUUAUGGCCUAUGGGAUGAAUGAACGAUAUAAUGCGUUUCUGUAAUUCAUUUACUUCUUUCAGAUCCUUGAUGAAGUCUUAUAUCGAUUAAUAAAUAAGCUAAUGCAUUAUCCUGCU